AUGAAUGAACCAGGAGAAGAGAAGGGACUGCGGGAGCGCUGCGCUCCCAUCCUCAUACAACGCUGUCCAGCUUGUUUUGGGGGUGUUCAAUUUGGCCGAGACUUGAAUAAAGGGGGUGAUAUCCAUGUUGCUACUGACGGAAAAUUUUACCAUCGACACCGGCGUUCAGCGGGAGAUUCACCACAUUUUUACGACCCUUCUUAUUUCCUUCCAAAGGUGCAGGUCGACGCUAUCGUCGCAAGUCCGCUGCCUAAGCUGCACGUAUCGCAUGUGCCAAAUGAGGCGAUCGAUCUGUGUGAGAAUUCCUACGAAGCAGCAGAUGACUCUAUCAUACAACGCUUACGGUUUGCAACUACUGCAAUGCACAGCCUACUGCUCGUUUACAAUCCGCGAAUGAUUGAGAGACUUUGGUCAAGAUUCGUUCGACUGAUUCGGCAUACAGCGAGACAACGUCGUCUGUGGUUAAUCGAUCGGCACGCUGGAGCAAUUGGUCUUGAGAUGCGCGACGACUCAGGCUGUGGUGUGGAGGAUCAAGGUACAGCUGCACGGAAGCUUCUCGAGGAGUGUGAAGUUGCCGUGAAAGGAGUCACAGCUUUCAAUCCUGCGCUCGUAUGUGAGAUGUCGGAGGACACCCGUGAUGCAAUUGAAAGUCUUGAACGAGUGCAUGAGCGUCUAAUGCACAAAGUGGAAGUAUUAUAUGCUUCGCUCAACGUUCAGGACAGGUUCCCGGAACUAGACGGCUUGAACCUCGAGUUUGUUCGAACACUGCUAUUAGCAUGCGAUCUCAAGAUGAACAUUCGCAAGCGUGCCAUUGGCAGCUUCUUCGAGUGGGAUAAGCUUGAUCGUGCAGUAGGAGGGUCACAGCAAGCACUCGGUACAAAACUCCACCAACAGACUCGAAAAGCGAUCGCAAAACGCCAGCCAGCAUUAAUGGCUGCUCUCCGUAAAUUCAACGCCUAUUGUGAGCGUCUGGAAGCCCUUUAUGAUCCGCAUUGCGGGAUUCCUCUUCCCACACCUCUCCCGACAAGACUAGCCGACCUACGCAACGAUCAGAGUUUGAUGGAAGAUAUAUGGAUCACACCUUCCACUGGAAAGAGAGAUAGAUGUGUUGAAGAGCAGCAACGUCUUGGUCUGGAGGCGGACAAUCUCUGCAGAUGGUUCGGCGACGAGCUCUCAGCACUAGAACUCGCCCUUUUGACACCAGGUUAUGAAAAAUUCCUUGUCCCACUUCGCCAGCAACAGGAGCACCUUCAGUACAUCCAGACUCGUUGGACGACCUCACUUGCAUCUGCGGCACGAUUUGCAUCUCGCGCAACUGAUGCUGUAUCUUUGGCCCGGAAGCUCUCAGGCGUCUCAGAGGAGCGUCCGCUUCAUUGGAUCAAUACGUAUGCUGUCUCUUAUGUUGUACCUACCGAAGACGAAGAGCCUGGAUCAGAAACAUUUUCUGACGCCGAUCACACAGCUUUGCAACCUGAAGAUGCUGCCCUUGUGGACAUUCUGACUGCCGGAGUCCCUGGUUGUGAGGAUGAUGAUAUCGACAUCGUCGUGAAUGAUCCCGGAGCCGAACUUUGUUGGCGAAUCCCUGAAGUAGCAUGA